AUGAAUGAAUUCAAAGGUAUUUGCAUACAUCCUGACCUCGUUCAUUUUGUUGCUGAAUGGUGCUCUGUAAAGUAUGCAUUUUAUGUCAAAGAUAUUAUGGACUCCAUAGACAAGAAAGUUCAUGAGAAGUUAGAUGAAGAAGAACUCGAAGAUACAGUGGAGAAUGCUAAACCUUUGUUCGAAGAAGAAGUUGGAAAAAUGUGUGAAAAACAAUUAGAACAUGAACGUGAGAUAUAUUAUGGUUAUAGAGAUUCUCCAUACGAACUAGACCAAUGGGAACAAGAAGAUUUAAAGAGAGAAUUUAGAGAAUAUGAACUCGCUAAGAUAGCAUUUGAAGCUGCAGAAAAGAAGUUAAAAGUUUGGGGUCGUUUUGUACAAAAAUAUUGUGAGUAA